UGUGUUCUUCUGUUUCACAGGAGAGGGGAGUUCUGCAAUUGCUCAGCUAGUCAAGCCAUAGACAGUCAGUCAUGUAUAGCCCCUGGAAGCGAAACAAUCUGUUCUGGACAAGGGGAGUGCCUGUGCGGAGUGUGCCAGUGCUUUGCAGAUUCCCCAGAUCGUCGGUUUGAAGGGAGGUACUGCGAGUACAAUACUGCCAUGUGUGCACGUGUAAGCGGCUUUAUGUGUAAUGAUAGAGGACAUUGCUAUAUGGGAGCCUGUGCGUGUCAGGCUGGAUGGGAAGGACCUGCAUGUGACUGCCCAAUAAGUAAUCUGACUUGCCUGGACAGGAAUGGGGGCCUAUGCAAUAACCGAGGUAAAUGUGAGUGCGGUCGUUGCAAAUGUGAUGCCGAGUCCCAGUUUACCGAUGCCUUAUGUGAAUUUAGCAGUUCAUUGCGACUCCUGGGGGCCUGUGAGGAUGUUAGGACAUGUGCGCAGUGCCAGGCCUGGGGCACUGGGGAGAAGAAGGGCAAAAAAUGUGAAAGCUGCGAAAUCCAGAUAAAGAUGGUAGAUGAGCUCACUAAAGUUGAUGACAGGACCGAGAAAUGUACUUUCCGUGAUGAGGAGGACGAUUGUACCUAUCAUUACACAGUAGAGGGAGUGGGUUCUGUGUUAGCCAAUUACACUGUGCUGGUACAAAAGAAAAAAGAAUGUCCACCUGGUGCCUUCCUAUGGCUCAUCCCUCUACUCAUCUUCCUGAUGCUGCUCCUCGGUCUGUUACUUCUAUUGUGCUGGAAAUACUGUGCCUGCUGCCAGGCUUGUCUGGCUCUAUUGCCUUGCUGUGGAAGAGGGCGCACUGUGGGAUUUAAGGAAGACCACUACAUGCUACGACAAAGCCUUAUGCAAUCUGAUUAUCUGAACACACCACUUGUACGAACUGGAAACUUGAAAGGUGGAGACACUGUGAGAUGGAAGAUUAACAACAAUGUACACCGGCCACCUCCAUCUCCCGAUGCCCUGAACCCCAAAGAGCUGGUCCCAUAUGGAGUCUCACUGAGGUUGGCUCGCCUUUUCACUGAGAACCUGUCUAAGCCUCAGACAAGAGAAUGUGAGCAACUCCGUCGGGAUGUUGAGCAAACGCUAAACGAGGUGUAUAAAGUGAUACCUGGAACACACAAGGUGAAGCAAACAAAUUUCCGGGUUGUUCACACAUUUUUCUACAGACAGGAUCACACAAUUGCAGACACUGUAUUGAUGGCUCCAAGAGAGGCAGAACCUGAAAUUGUAAAAGUCACUGAGAAACAUGUCACACAAGAGGCUUUCCAAGACUUGAAAGUCACCCCUGGGUACUACACAGUAAUAUCUGACAAUGAUGCCCAUGGGCUGGUGGAAUUUCAGGAGGGAGUGGAACUUGUAGAUGUCCGUGUGCCCCUUUUCAUCAGACCAGAAGAUGAUGAUGAGAAGCAGUUAUUGGUGGAGGCACUUGAGGUUCCCGCAGGAAUCGCCCACCUGGGAAAGAAAAAUGUUAACAUUACAAUCAUUAAGGAGCAAGCUAAGAGCGUAGUGUCCUUUGUGAAGCCAGCAUAUACCUACAGCCGCCAUGAACAAUUCGCACGUGUUCCUGUUUCUCGGGAAAUUCUGCAGAAUGGCAAAUCACAGGUUACCUACCGCUCACAGGAUCUGACAGCUCGAGAGGGCAAGGAUUAUGCAUUCACAGAGGGUGACCUGGCAUACCAAGGAGAUGACAAACUAUCUGAGAUCACAGUUCCUUUGCUUGGCCGGUCAGAGGUGGACACUUUGUUGGGAAAUCGCCAGGUCAAACAGUUUCUGCUGGAGCUUAGCAAUCCAAAGUAUGGGGCCAAGAUUGGCAAAUAUCCACAGUGCACUAUCACCAUUGAUGACAGUCCAGCAACAGAUGUCGUGGAGAAGGUAAUGCCUGUGCAGUCCCUACAGUCUCCUCGUGGCAAGAUUGGUGCCCCUAUCAACCUUAAUGCCCAAGCGAUCAAUGCUAGGAAAAUCCGACUCAACUGGAUACCCCCAUCUGGAAAACCAUCUGGGUACAAGGUACGGUACUGGAUUCAAGGAGACUCAGAAUCAGAUGCUACUGUUAUAGACACAAAGGUACCUACGGCCGAUCUAGUCAACCUGUACCCAUACUGUGACUAUGAGAUGAGAGUGUGUUCCUACAAUACGCAGGAAGAGGGGCCUUAUUCAGAUGUUGUGACAUGCCAGACCCUUGAGGAUGUUCCAAGUGAACCAGGCCGGCUGGCUUUCAAUGUAAUUUCCAGCACCGUGACACAGCUUAGCUGGGCAGAGCCUGCAGAGACCAAUGGCAGUAUUACAGCAUAUGAGGUUAACUAUGGCAUGGUCAAUGAGGAUAACCAACCCAUUGGACCCAUGAAGAAAGUUUUGAUCAAUGAUCCAAAGAAGCGAAUGGUACUCAUUGAGAAUCUACGGGAGUCUCAGCCAUACAGAUACACUGUGAAAGCCUGUAAUAGAGCUGGCUGGGGACCAGAGAGAGAAGCUACUAUGAACCUUGCAACCCAGCCAACUCGUCCAAUGUCCAUUCCUAUUAUUCCGGAUGUUCCAAUUAUUGAUGCAGAGGGUGGAGAGGAGUAUGACAGCUAUCUCAUGUAUAGUACAGAUGUGCUGCGAUCUCCAGUGGGAAGCAAGAGACCCAGUGUGUCUGAUGAAUCAGGCCAGCGCUGGAAGUACGUCCCCCUCCUGGGCUCAGGACUGGAUCUACGUCACAUCACAUGGAAGCUCCCUGUAGAGAUCAUCCCACGACUGUCUGUCAGCAGUUCUAUGUCAACCGACACAGAGAGCCUCCAGGACCAAGUGGACAGUGGAAGUUCCUUGGUGAGAAGAGGGACCAUGCGUGCUCCAGCAACAGUAGAAGUUAUUUUAGAACAACUCCUAAAUGGGCGCAUGGACUUUUCUUUCCCCGGAUCUGUAAGCAGUCUGACUCGCACAGGAGCUGUUGGCUACCAGCAGCUCAGUCUAACGUGCACCAAGAUACAUACAGGUUUGGCAGUACCAGUUCUCAGCACACAACUGUCAUUUCAGGACAUGGUAAGUAAUAUGUCAUGCACAGGGCCUAUGGUUUCCUUUUUGUCCUCUUCUUUCGCAUUUACUUUAUACACUUUUCAUCUAUUCUCCUCUCUAGUGCAACCUGUAUAUUGUACAUGUUGUUGA